AUGCCUAUGUUUGGUAAAAUAGUACACAUUUCGGCUGAUCUUCUUCUUGUAUCAGCAUGCCUUGCAGGUAUUAGAAGGAAUACUGGCUUAACCCCAAAAUUAGAAUCUAUUGAAGAUCCUACUAUCCGUAAAUAUUUUGGCAAGUAUUUGAAUUAUGGUGAAUCUAUUUACGAUUAUACAGUUGCUACUUGUGGUUCAUCCAGUUAUUUCUCCAGAAAAUAA